UUACCAAGGCAUUGCUCUGCGUACUGGAUCGUUCACCGGGCAGAGCAAGACACGAUGCAGACAGAAGCCUCGACGUCGUCUACUCCGUACGAGCCACCAAAAGUCGGCUGCCCCAUCAAUGAACUCCCUACUGAACUCCUUUCACACAUUUUCUACCUCGGGACGUUAGGCAACGACCCCGAAGAGAUCCCCGAGGACGAAUGGGAGACUGACGAAGAGGGAGAUAUCGAUGGCGAGAAUGGCAAGCCAUCAACAGAGGGCACUGAGAUGAUCGUCGAGGAAGACGAGAUCAUUAAGCAAGACACGGAACGACUUUACGCUCCUGUCUUGUCCUUCCCUGUCCUCGUAUCGCAUGUCUGCCGGCGCUGGCGGGAUGUCGCGAUCAACGAGACACCUGCUCUAUGGACCUCGUUGGAUUUUCGUGAAGGCAUGCCAUUCGACAAGUCGGCCGAGUGGAUAAAACGCUCCAAGGGCUGUCCCUUAGACAUUGACAUUGAUUGUGGGUACCCAGAAGAGGAGGACGACGACGACGACGACGAUGACAUGGAUGCCGCGCCUCGCCACUCUAUGACCGACCUUGCGCACAUCUUCGCACUCAUUAACCCGCACGUUGACCGUUGGCGCACCCUCCACCUGUCCGUAGAAGAAUACGGCUACAUGCACCUCGCCCUUGUGACGCUCGCGCGCCUCCCACCUGCUCCACAGCUCGAAGUGUUCCAGCUUUAUCAUUACGAGGAGUCGCAGGACAAUGCGGCUUUCUCACCUCCCGAACUGAAGGAGCCGCGUUACCUCCCGUUCGGUGGACAUGCGCCAAAACUGCAUACGGUUUCCUUGUGGGGCGUGCACCUCGACUGGACAGCUGCGCUUGGGAUGCUCUCCGGUCUGACCGAUCUCGAACUUGCGUGGACAGCAGUCGACGUAAGGCCAAGCUAUGCCGAAUUCGUCGCUCUGCUACGUGCGUCACCCAAUCUCGUCAACCUUUCGCUGUGCCAGUCGGGACCCGCGGGCGAAACGGAGCAGGAUUGGAUCAACUCCCUGCUCGAAAAGGAAGACGGUGAGGGGCGUGCUCCGACGGUAUUUUCGGACGAGACCGUUGUGCUUCCCUCCGUCAAGAGCCUCCUUCUCGCCUUCCAGGAACCCGAGUACUCCUGCGCCCUCCUCCGUCGGCUGUUCUUCCCCAGUCUGAAGGAGCUCACGCUCGAUUUCGACGACAUGGAUUACAGCGCGCUCAUCGAGCAGCUUUGCAUGCGUUACCCGCAGUAUGGGUCCGCGUCCGCCCCGAGUAGUCUGCUAAGCGGAUUGGAACAGCUCAAACUGAGCGGGUUGAACGCGAACGAGGCCGCGAUACGUGCGACGCUUUCCGAGCUGCGGAACCUGAAGAGCAUCAACCUCAACCUGGAGCACCUUGACAUAUUCUGGAUCCUCGCGUUGGGCCAUCCGAUCGGCACGACGUUCCAGCUCCUGCAUCCGCAAGGCGAACCCACAGUGGUCGCUCCCAAUCCCGCUUCCCUUUCCAAACCUUCCACGUCCUCCAAUACUCCUAGCAGCGGCCCGGCAGAAGAAUCGCGACAGGUGACGGGAAUGUACUGCCCGCUCCUCGAGCAGAUAUACGUCAGUGGUCUCGACGGGACGAAGAUGCGCGCAUUCGUGGCGGCACGGAGUAGGAACGGCGCGCCCCUGAAGCGCGUGUACAUGAACAAGGAAGAUGAUAUCGAGACGGACGACGAGGAAUGGUUGCGUGAGAAUACGCAGGCGUUCGACUACUUCAGCGGGAGCGAGGACGACGACGACGUUGUCGAGGUGGUGGAUAUGGAAAGCGUCUUUGACGAAAGCGAGGAGGAGCAGGAUAUGCAACAGGAUGUGGAGGUCGUGGAAGCGGCCGGGGAUGACGAUGAGUGGGUGGAUGAAGCGUGAUGCUUCUAUUCUGUAUCAGCAGAGGGUAAUGGGAGACGGGCGGAGUAACCACAAAUUAUAAUAAAC